AUGCAGAAGAGUGAGUCGGUCAACACUACCAUCCCACCGUCCAUUCCCAUCCCCAUUCCGACACCCAUCCAGGCGUCAUCUGCUCGCACGCCAAUGACUGAGGAGCUGGCAGGGCGGCUGAAGGCAUAUGCGGAGAGGCAGGCGCGGUGCAUCAACGGUGUGAAGGACUGGCCUGCUUUCCUCUCCAAUCCCACAAAGGGACUUAACGACGGAGUGGAUGCAUCCUCCGUGCAGGAAUGCUCUUACCUCUUUCAUCUCGACCCCGCCUACAGUGCUUCUUACCCUUAUGCCUUCUCGAUCCCUCCCUCGUCUCUUCCUUCACCUACGCGCUCCUCACCCAUCGCACACUCAUCUCCCCCGUCUCCCCUUUCACUUAAGCCCUCCUCACCAGCCGCACGCACGCUCUGUUCCGUCCUUCUCGUUUUGAAAACCUUUCUUCACACACCCCCUCCAGGCCUGGGUAACCAACUGCUCUCCCUCGUCUCCGCUCCUCACCUACCUCACUUCUGUUCCCCCUCUCUGCUUCUCAUUCUUCCAUCCAGGUCUGGGCAACCAGCUGCUCUCCCUCGUCUUCCAACCACUGCUGUCUUGCUUCCUCCCAUCCACCCUCCCCACCCCUCGCUGAGCAGGUCUGGGCAACCAGCUGCUCUCCCUCGUCUGGGCAACCAGCUGCUCUCUCUCGUCUCCUCCUUCACCUACGCCCUUCUCACCAACCGCACGCUCAUCAUCAAUCCGCACGCGCAGGCAGCCCUCUUCCUCUGCGACCCCUUCGCCUUCACCCCCACCCCCUCCACGUGGACGCCCAUGGACUCACCCACCUUUGCGUGA